CACAACACUUUCAAGAAACACUAUCUUUAACCUAGCUAGCUUUUAUAUCUAUUGAAAUCAAGUUAACAACACAUUUUUUCCUUCUUUUUUUCCAGCUUCACUUGUUCAUCAUUUUCAAGCAUCAAAAAUGGCGAGUGAAUCUAAUUUUUCACCUGAUUUCUUCGACCCUUCUGCCGAUUACUUUGGUGGAACCAAGUUCUUUUCAGCUGGAGAAGCAUCUUCUGACGAAAUCUUCGGUAUCCUCGAGGCGUUAGAGGGUGUUUCGGAUGAAUUCACAACCUUCACCCCCUUAGAUGAGAUGAAACAUGGUGUGAAAGAUGGUGGUUUGAGUGAUCAGUUAGUUUCGCAGAAGUCGAGUUCUUCGAGUGGUGUUCAAGAACCCGUGGAGGCAGUUUCGCAAGGAACCAAGAGACAGAAAGUAUCACCGCAAGUAGAAGAAGGCUGUGAAAGCUUAGACGGGUCGUCGAAAAUGAAUCAUGUCACUGUGGAGAGGAACCGGAGGAAAACGAUGAACGAACACUUAGCCAUCCUCCGGUCACUAAUGCCUUGUUUUUAUGUCAAAAGGGGAGAUCAAGCAUCAAUAAUUGGAGGUGUAAUCGACUACAUCACUGAAUUGCAACAAGUGCUACAAUCUUUGGAAGCAAAGAAGAAAAGGAAAGUGUACAGUGAUGUAUUGAGCCCAAGGCUCAUUUCAAGCCCCAGAACCCUACCUUUGAGCCCUAGAAAACCUCCUUUGAGCCCAAGGCCAAGCUUGCCAAUUAGCCCCAGGACGCCGCAAUCAGCGAGCCCAUACAGGCACAUGUUACCAUCUGCUACUUCAUACAUACAAUCUCUAUCAGCCAUGGCUAAUUCCGCACCAGCUUCACCUUGUAAUUCUUCAUCUACUUCUGACACCAUUAAUGAGCUUUUUGCCAAUUCGAAGUCAUCCAUUGCCAAUGUAGAGGUGAAGUUCUCAGGGGCUAAUCUUCUUCUAAAGACUGUCUCGCCUCGGUUACCAGGCCAAGCAACAAAGAUAAUGUCGGUUCUUGAAGACUUGUCCCUUGAAGUCCUCAAGGUUACUAUCAAUACUGCUGAUGAAACAAUGGUUAUCUCAUUUACCAUUAAGAUUGGAAUUGAAUGCAAGUUAAGUGCAGAGGAUCUUGCACAACAUAUCCAGCUCACUUUUUCGUAGUACGUUUAAGGUUAAUGGUCUAUUAAGCGAUCCUUUUAUUUGUUGGUUUUGUUGCAUUGAGAUCAUAUCGAUACAUCAUAUACAUGUAAUGUAUCGAGCAUGAUGUUGACUGGAGCAAAAUACCAUCGUCUAACAAAGCAAGGAAGAUAAAAAGAUGUUUAGAACCCAAACAACAUCUAUCUUACUCGAUUUCUAGUAACGAACCAUCUGAGAAACAUUUUCUACAUAGUAACCGUUUGAUCGGUGUAACUUGUAAGUUGUAAAUUGUAUUUCUUGUUCAGUUAAUUAGUUAACAUUUGUAUUUGAAUAUUCUCAACUUUUGAAUAUUAUCUUUAGUUCCAUUUACAUCUA